AUGUCUUCCCCUACAAUGAUAGCGAUUGCUGGCUUCACAGGCAGAAUGGCUCGCUUGAUCGCCAAAUUUAUCCUUCAAGACCACCCGGAUGCGAUAAUCCAUGGUAUUUGCCGCUCAGCUAGUAAGGUCGACGAAAACAUACGUUUGAAUCCUCUGGUUAGACUCUUCGAGGCCAGUUCCAUAGACAUCUCUACCAUUCGCACUGCUCUAACGGGUAUAUCUGUGUGCAUAUGUUGUUAUCUCGGUGACAGCAAGCUUAUGAUCGAUGGUCAAAAGAUUCUUAUCGAUGCAUGUAUUGCAGAGAACGUUUCUCGCUACAUCGCCUCUGAUUAUACUUUUGACUAUCGACCUCUCAAACUCGGGGAUUAUCCCGCCAAGGAUCCAUCGAAACACAUUCAUCAGUAUCUUCAGGAGAAAGAGCAAACGGAAAAUAUCAGGGGUGUUCAUGUCCUUAACGGAGCAUUCAUGGAAUUCGUAUGGAGUCCUCUGCUUGGUUUUGUAAAUGCUGAGGAGGGCAAGUUUCGAUAUUAUGGUACAGGUGAUGAACAGUUGGAGAUGACUGCCAUAAAAGAUACUGCAAAAUUUGUAGCUGCAGUUUCUAUGGAUCCAAAAGCUGUUGGGGCUGUAAAAUAUCGAGGAGACUCAAAGAGCAUUAAGAAAUUAGCUCAUCUAUACCGAGAAGCUUUUGGAGUUGAGCCAAAUAGCCAGCGACUUGGCUCACUCCAAGAUCUUCAUGACAAUAUGACUUCUGCCUUCAAAGAAAAUCCAAGGAACGGAUUUGCUUGGAUUGGCUUGUAUGGCCAAUACUGGAUGUCUAACGGACAGACAUUAUUGGGUGAUACAGAUAAUAGUCGUUACCCGGAAGUGGUGCCUACUACCGUGGAGGAGUUUCUAAAGGGGCACACGAAAGAAAGUCUGGGUAAAAGUACAAAAAUCUGA